AUGGAGAACAAAUCCAAGCAAAAGGCCAAGCAAAAGACUACAGGUGCCAAAGCCAUCGACUGUCCACCAAUCGAGAAGCCAAAGAAGAAGGCGUCACCAAAGGCAGAGCCGGAGUGCAACAGACCCAACUUCUAUCGCUCGCCAGAGGAGAAGCGCACCUACUUGGAGCUGCAGGUGGUGCCCAUUCUGAUGGAGGGGAUGCUGGCUGUGGCCCGCGAACAGCCGCGGGAUCCCAUCGGAUAUCUGGAGAAGUUCUGGCUGCAGGACAGGCUGAAGUGCGACAUUAAGCUGCCCAAACACAUCCUCUGA